CUCACGUAACCUCCGAUGCGCUAAUUUUGGUGCUAAUCCUAAUACGCCUACGAUAUCAGGAAUGAGGGAGUACAAUUCUGUUUCCAGAGCUAGUCCAGUCGAUAUAUACUUUCUCCUACACAAGGGACGAGUGCCUCAGAUCACGAUCCCGAACUUGGCCUCCAGGCUCCAGCGGUCGCCGGCGCCGCACGCGGCCUCACCUCCUCCACCUCUAAUCCCCCUGCCUGCCUCCCCUCGCCGGCAUACUGCCCAUCGCAGCUCGGUCCCGCGGCCGUGCCAUCAGAGACAGCACGCGAGCAGCCUACAACAAGGAGUUGGAACUCCGAAAAUUUCUGCUCUGCCGUUGCCACCAAAAGCCAUGCCGAUGUGGCGUCGAGUGCGGCCUCCAACGUCUGGCCGUGAGGACCGCCUUAGUGCACUCCAUGACGAUCUGAUCCUCCUCAUAGUAAGCAGGUUGGACACCUGAACAGCCCUCUCCAUGGCCGUCCUCGCCAGGCGCUGGGUUCGCAUCCCACGCAAGCUGUCGGCGCUUGACUUCAGGGUGAGCGACAUACUCCCGCCGGAGUAUGAACGGACCAUUGCCCUUCGCCAACACAACAUACCGCAUGACGCCACUUUGGCCGGGGCACUCGACGGUCUCAAGGCACGAUGUGAGAUCGACACAAUAAGGUCAUUCGCCAACGGAAUCACGAGCUUCUUGGAAGCGGACAGUGGCCAUGACCGGCGCGUGAAGACCCUCCGUCUCGAGUUUUUUCAGACAUACAACAGCAUCUGUGUGGACCGCCUGAUCAAUGCUGCGGUCGGCACAUGGGGGGUGGAAGAUCUGGAGGUUGUCGUCAGGCAAUCAUCCGGUUAUGAUCAGACGCGGACAUACAACUUCCCCCACAGCUGCCUCAACCUCCGUCUUGCCUUCGCAGACUAACCUUGGGCAAGUACUGUGCACUGCCACCGCUGCACAACUACCAGACGCUUACCAAGCUUGUCCUGCGUGACAUGUCGGCUUCCACGCCCGUGAACAUGUACGAGAGGGUGUUCAGAGACUGCACCGGGCUGCAGGUGCUUCACCUCACGUCCUGCUGCUGUGCACAUAGCACUCUGGUGGUGGACGUGCCAUGUUCACAUAUAAGGGAGCUCGUCCUGGAAGAGUGCUCGUUCUCUGUGAUCGAGCUGCGCGACCUCCCAAUGCUUGUCUGCCUGGCGUGCUGUCUAACCGACACUUCAAAGAUUCUAUUUGGCUCUAUUCCGAGCCUCAUGGACACUAACCUCUCAUUUUCUCUAGAGGAUGAUACUAUAGUGGAGGCACGGGGGAGAGAUGAGUUCGACUCGUUCCUCGGUAUGUCCCCCACCAUGGCGAACCUCGUCAUCCGAUUUACUGGGCAGAGAAGAUGGAUUCGAGCCAGCCGUCCGGAGAGGAAGUUGCCGCACCUGAAAAGGCUCCUGGUCGCUGACGUGCCUUCAAAUUGGGAUAUCUCAUGGACACGUGGCCUCCUCAUGGCCUCGACAUUUCUUGAGGUCCUGCAUAUCCACGUGCCUCACUCGGAAACGGAGCCAGAUUACCUGCGCGGGAUGAAUUGGUACAAAUCACGCAAUGAGCUUCGACACCAUCACCUCAAAGAGUUGGUCGUGAUUGGAUUCACGCAGCGUCACAUAUGGCUUUUGAAGUAUGUUGUGAGGGUGUGCACAUCGUUGCAACGCGUUGUUUUGCUAAAGGAUGGCCAUGUUCGGUACAAUGGACUCUGGGAUUGGCGGAUGGUUGGGCAGCAAACAUGUCCAUGGAGCGAUGAUGAAAUAAGGGUGGUGAGAAGAAUGAUGAAUUUUUUUGGGCUCAGGCCUCUUCCUGAACUGAUCUUGGGAUGAUCUCUUUUUUUUUUU